AUGAGCCACUACGUGCAGCAGCAGCUGGGCUGGCAGCUGGACUGCAGCCUGCCCAUCGCAGCCUACCGCGCCUUGGUGCUGCCCGUGGCCCUGGCGCUGGCCGUGGGCUGCACGGCCGCCUGCUGUCGCAGUCGCGCCGCCUGCUGUGCAUACCCUUUCGCUGUGCGCACCUUCGUCUUCGCCAUGCCACUAAGCAUGGCCUGCCCCAUCAUGGUGGAGAGUCUCCUCUUUGACCUCCGCACCCGCAACCCCACGCUCUUCAUCUACUUCUACCGCCGCUACUGCUGGCUGCUGGUGGCCGCCUUCUUCAAUGUCAGCAAAAUUCCUGAGCGGAUCCAACCAGGGCUCUUUGACAUCGUGGGGCACAGCCACCAGCUCUUCCACAUCUUUACCUUCCUCAGCAUCUACGACCAGGUGCACUAUGUGGAGGAUGGGCUGGCUGAGUUCCUCAAGGCACCCCUGGCUGCCCCCACCUACCUGGGCACAGUGGGGUAUAUGCUGCUCCUGGCACUCUGCCUGGCCAUGGUCGUCAGGAGGUUCCUCGGUGUCGCAGACCUCUGCAAGCAGGACUAG